CAAGCACGUGCAGUUAUGGCUGAGGCCAGUACCACCGUCGUCGAUGUUGACGACUGGCUCUCCAGCGCUGGCAGCCACCAUCCCACAACGUCCACCUCCCAGCCCAAUGAGGCAAAGCAGAUUGAUGCUCAGGAUGCUGAUGCCGACGCGCCGACCGCCCCACCUCAAGCUGUCCCAUAUCUGACCCUGUUCCGAUACACGACAUUUGGCGAGCGAUGCCUGCUUGUCUUGGCCGCCGUUAUGGCCUUGGCACAAGGAGCUGGCUGGCCCCUCUGGGCAGUGUGGUUUGGGGAAGCGCUGGGCGAAUUUGACCCCGACGAUCUGGCUUCUGUGGUCGAUAAUGUCAUUGAUCACGUCCGUCUCAUCGCUGCCAUGGGCCGGGCGCAUCACAUGUUUCAAGAGUAUGAAAAGACACUCGAGGGGCCGCAGCAGCAACAGCGCGUGAAAGCCAUCAAGACAGCCCUGGUUGUCUUCUUUUCCUUCUUUACGCAGUUUGCUGCCUUCGCACUGGCAUUCUACUAUGGCAGCAUUGUGGUGGACCGUGAACAAUGCUCGUUCACGGAAAUGUUUACCUCGCUCAUGGGUGUGCUCUUCUGUGGCAUUCAAGCUGGCUUUUACCUGGGAAUGCUGCCAAACUUGGCAGAGAGCCAGGCAGCAGCUCGUAGCGUGUACAAGCUGCUGCAUGGCUUUUUCUUCAAAGAGGCCACGGCAACGCCCAAGCUACCGCUACCGCUCCAGGGGGAAAUCGUUUUGCGCAACGUUUCAUUUGCCUAUCCGGCUCGUCCAGAUGCCCGCGUCUUGGACAACGUUAGCUUGACCAUUCCCAAGGGCAAGACGGUUGCGCUCGUCGGUGCCUCUGGCAGUGGGAAGAGUACCAUCGUUGCGCUGGUCCAGGGCAUGUAUCCCAUCUCUCAGGGCCAGAUUCUCUUGGAUGGCACAGAUUUAGCAACACUCGAUGUGGAUGUCGUGCGCAGCCAGAUGGCCGUGGUGGCGCAGGAGCCACGUUUGUUCCAUGACACGCUGCGUAACAAUGUUGCGUACGGAGGAGGCGUAGGACCACGGCCAGAUGACAGCGCCAUUGAAAAGGCUUGCGACAUGGCACGUGUGAAUGAAUUUGUGGGCGCUCUGCCAGAGGGUCUGGAUGCCGACGUGGGCGAAUUUGGGGAUCGCCUUUCGGGAGGCCAAAGACAACGAGUGGCCAUUGCAAGGUCUUUGGUCCGCGGCGAUCAAAUCAAGGUGUUGCUGUUUGAUGAAGCUACUAGUGCGCUGGACGUGCACAACGAGAAGCUUGUUCAGGAGGCCAUCAACAAUGCCAGCCGUGACCGGACGACCAUCAUUGUGGCACAUCGCCUGUCCACCAUCCAGGACGCAGAUGUGAUUGUUGUCAUGGAGCACGGGCGCAUCGUGGAGCAGGGAUCACACCAAGACUUGCUUCAACGACGUGGGGCCUACUAUGCCCUCUAUAGUCAGACCAAAUGAGGAAGGAAAAGCAUUCUCAUAAGUUGAACGACACAGUUGUUGUUGUGUUGAUGGAAAACCAAAUCGAAUUUCUUUGCUCG